CGCCGCCCGCGCCGCACGCCUACACCCGAGUCACAAGCGCGAACGAACGAAACACGUCAUUUUACUAACUUUUAAUUUAACUAAUAUCGCUUGUAACAUAUGUGCUUACUAAUAUAGUGAAACGAAACGAACAGUGCACUGUUGGUGAAUUUAAAUGAUAACGGUCAGGCUGUCAGUAUGUCUGAAGGAGACGUGUCGUUGAUUCGUGACGAGGACGUCCUGCGUCGCAUGUGGCAGCAGACGGAAGAUUUCUCCCGCAAGAAAGAGAUACGCGCACACAUGUACAGACUUCGGGAGGAGCGCCUGCGCAACCUGUAUUCACCUGAGCCCACAGAGGCCAAAGGUUGUGAGUUCUCGUCGAAGCAGGGUCACGUCCAGUCCUUCGCGGACCAGACCUUCCAGUCCAUGAAGAGCAAGGAGGUUCGCGACGCUGGCUCCCCGCCCAAGGAGUUCACGUACCGCGGCCAAGAUCUGAAAGAACUCUCCAACGCUGGGUGGAACGUGGAAUCCGAAAACAAGACGACGGAUGACGGACACACGCAUGUCAAGUCUAUCCAUGCAAAUAUUGAAGGACGAUACGACGUUGAAGGCGGAAAAGGACAAUUCGCGGCCGUCGAUCAGCACCGCCAAGCCGUCACAGAGUAUCAAGAUGAUAACACUAGUCUGAAGAGAAACGAGAGCGCUUCCAACACGGCCGCUCGCGAACAAGUUGUCCGACAGACUGACGACGGCACCCAAAUCUCAUCGACCACCAGCUCUUCAACGUCCUCGUCGAAGUUUCAACAAGUGUCGUCAACCAAACACGAAACAGUGCCAUAUUUAACAAACGAUGACUAUGACCGCCAAGAAUCGACUUAUGAUACUAAUACUAACCAAGAGUUUAAGAGACAACAAGUUAACCGUACUGCAGAAUUCGAGCGUAAUUUGAGAAGGAGUGAUAAUGAGACUGGGGAACUAGUCUCAAGAAAGAUAGACUAUCCCGAUGAUAACACGAGAGUAGUAGUUGAGACCCGGUGCUUGCCGGAUGGCACACGCGUGACCAGCACUCGGCGAGAAUUUCGAGGAACGCCUGUGGUGCAGAAAUAUUCUGAGCAACAAUCACAUCAGACAAGGAACGAAACCAGAUCGUCUUAUUCUACAUCUCAAAGAAGUUCUGAUGUAAGAGAAUCUUCAUCAAAAAUAAUUUCCGACAGCAAUGCGAAUCGCAACAUAGACAUUGUUGAUACACAAAGAAAUGUGGAUAAUGUUGAUUUUAAAAGAAACCAAACAGAAUAUAUGACAGAAGAUAAAGAAGAUCACCAGCAUCGAGAUAUUUCUCAGAAGAGUACAGAGCAGCAGUAUAAUGCGUCACAGGAAACAGAAUCGGUUCGAAAAGAGACAACUACUGCUAUUAAUAGUAAUCAAAAUGAGAUUAAAGAAACGGAACAUCGGAAAACAGAAAAUCUCACUGAUUACUCUGAAAGAAUCCAUCAUACUACUACUGAAAAACAUAUUGAUGAAACUAAGGAAAGAAAAACAUCGAGUGAUCAAUAUCAGACAACAUACCAGAGUGACUUUACCCAGAAGAAAAAAAUUAGUAACGAUUGGAGUCCUACGCACCAAGCUUGGGCUAGUACUCUCCGCUCCGAUACUCCUUCUUCUACCCGACCAUCAACAAGGGCUUCAUCUCCUGGUGGAACAACCUAUCAAUCGAGCACUACAUCGCUGAGAAGUAGUGUUAGCCCUGACAAGACUUAUCGAAAGCCAUCUAGUCGUGGCAGUAGUCCCAGCAAAGUUGAUAGAUACUCACCAACGCGUAGUACGUAUUCUAGUACUCACUCAACGCAUUUGGUCUCCAAUGUUAAAACAAACAGAAAUUUUAGUCCGGAAGGCCGUCCGCCUCCAUCUGGCCGAUCUCCUACAAGAUAUAGCGCUGAAAAUCAACAAAGAAGUGUGAGUCCUGAAAAGCGUCCUUAUGAUUCUCGUCCUUACAAUACUAGUCCAGAAAGAAAGACACCACAUUAUCAGAUACCAACUGAAAAUACACUGCAUCAUGCCACACCGAAACCCAAGGACACAACGAAAACAAGGCUUAGUACUAGUCCUGAAAAGAAGAGUCCAACGAGGUCAAGCGUUAGCCCUGAAAAGCCAACUGUACACAAUGUUACAGAAUCAUAUGCAAAAUCUAGUCAACAAACAACAUACAAUCUGGAUAAACUCCGAGAGACUUCACCGAAGAGACCUAUUGAUCGUAAUGAAAAGGUCAGAACUCCAAGUCAUAGCCCUGAAAAGGAAAUAUAUGUUAAGCGUUCACCUUCCCCUUCGAGAUCACAUCAGGAUAAACCUAUUACUGAUAAUACACCUAAGAGGAACACCAGCAGUCCGGAUAAAUUACCAGGCUAUAUGAGACCAACAUCAGUUAGCAAACAAAGUCCAGCCAAAUCGCCUAGUCCAGAUCGAGGAAUGAAUAAAAUAACAAGAGUAAAAGAGGAUCACUAUAAGUUCAUUGAUGAAGAAACUAAAAUGUACACUCGGAAUGAUGAUGAAAGGAUUAGUACCAGCAAACCAUCUAAAUAUCCCGAAUUGGACGAACAUGCUCCUUCUCCUACCAGAAACAUCAGUCGCGACUCUCCCGAUCACUGCCAACCUGAGUCUGCGUCCACCACUCCACGUUCAACACUAAGAAAAGGUUCUCGAUCACCCUCUCCUAUAAAAGGAUCGGUUACGUUUACUCAAGAUAGCUUAGAUACAAAAACAACUAUGACUGUCCAUACUGAUAAAAGCAAAUAUUCUGAGAAUAUCAGUAAACACAUUAACUCAAAAGAUUCUCCCAAUGUAAAGAACACAAAUGUGCCACUAGGACAGCCAUCAACAACCACAUAUGGGACAUAUGAUAAAAAACAGCGUCACUCUGCAACAGCUGAUGAUUUAGUUAUAGAAACCGAUGACAUUCAUUACAAUAUAACAACACAACGAGAAAAGUCUACGUCUCCUAGAAAAUCUCCCAAUGUACGGGAGACUUCUCCUACAAAAAAAUAUACACGAGACAGUGUUUCACCUAUAAAACGUGUUACAGACAACAAGUACACACACACAUCUGAUUUUAUAUCAUCUGAAAGGACUACAGAGGAAAUAAAUAAAUCACUCAAAGAUCGACCCCGACAACUCGUCACCCCAUCUACAAGUCCGACUAGAAAACCCAAAGCUGUUGAAACCGCUACAUCUACCGGACAAAGCUCUCCAACUACAUCUGUCAGUGGGUUUAUUUAUUUCAGCUCGCCUAGAACUGAAACAUCUGAAAUUGUAACUGAUCUAGAUGAACAAGACUAUGUAUAUGAAACCAAGAGGUCUGAUGACAAAAUUACUAUGAAUCAAAGACCAGAAAGUCUCACUAUAAAACGAUCACCAUCACCGUCCAAAAUACCAUGUCUAUCUUCUCCACAAGAAAAAUCACCUGCAAGCAGUCUUCCAAGAAAGAGUUCAUUGAAAAAGCCUACGCACCAUAUAAACCAAGUUUCUCCUGUAGAAAAACCACCUUCCAGCUUUCAAAUAUCACCUACAGUAGAAACACAAGACUUUCCUGGGCAUAAAGUUGUAAAAAAAGAUAACCCUGAGAAAUCUGACAUACCGACCAAAAUAAAACCACCUCUUGAGAGACGGGAGACUUACGACGAAAGAUGUCGAAAGAUAUUAGGUAUGAUAAAUGAUGAAACGACAACAACUAAAACAGUUACUAUGGAUAUACUAAAGAAAGAGAAGGAGCCAACCACAAGCUCCCCGAGCAUAUCACCGUGUCACAGUCCAAGAGAAGAAUUGCCUUCCACUCGCAAUAAUAAUAAACAUGUCAGAGAAUUCUUAUCCCGUGAAACCGAAAACAGUGAAAUCAGUGAUCGAACAAAUGUUAUACCAAAAAAAUCAAAAACUCCGUCAAGAGAGCAGUCACCUACUAAGUUACAAGAUAUAAUUACAAGUACCACACAAGUAAGAAAGAUUGAUUCCACAUCUACUUAUAAUAUUGACGAUAUUUCUGUAAAAAGUCAGAUCGAUUCAUCUAAAAAAAUUGUAAGUAAAGAUGUCGACACUAAAAAAACAUUCAGACAGAGUCCCGAUCGGAAACCUGAAUAUGAUAAACCAAAUAGUAAUAAGCAAAACUCACAGCCACGUCUAACAUCGCCUCAACGCACGAGUCCUGUGCGUAACCUUCAAGCUCCACAUACUAAUCCAACUGAAAAAAAGAAAAUAAAAGACUCGCGUACUCCAUCUCCAAAUAAGACAACCACUACAGAUACGGAAGAAUCGACAGAUUUUCUUAUGUCUGAAAGAGAACAAGAAAUUCUGAACAGGGUACAGAAUUCUCUGAGAAAGUUAUCUCCUAAUCGUAAUGAAAAAUCACCAAGUCGUGAGAGAAGUCCGUCAAAAAGUACCACCAGUUUACAAGAUCUUGAUAUCACCAUCAAUAGUAACACUUCCGAAGAUAUAAUGAAGAUAUCAAAAGUAUUACAAGAAACUCACGAAAUCACUAAAGAUGAAACCACAAUUAAAAAACAAACAGAAAUAAAAGAUAAAGUCAAAGAAUCUCCCUCGAGUAAAUCAUCCUCACGCAAUGUAUCGCCAGUUAAAAAAUCUCCAACGGUUUCUUCACCUAAAUCCGAUCCAAUGUCAUCGCCAACAAAACCAAGAAGUACAUCGCCAAAAAAACUUGUAAGCUCGGAAAGACCUCAGUCUCCACAAUUGCAAAAAACAAGUGGUAUUAAACCCAGGGAAACGGUUCCUUCUCAUUUAACACGGAAGCAAACACCUGCUACUUCUCCGACUAAAGCAGAAAAAAAUAUGAUUACUUCAGAUACGAAGAAGAUUGUAAAACAGAACAGUUUAACUAAAAUUAAUACAAAUAAAUAUACAAGUAAUAAAACAAUUCAAUCUACUACUACAAAAUCUUCAGAGUCAGAGGUUAAACGCCAAUUUACUGCUAAAGGUGUUAAAGAGCCAGCGAAAAAAGAGGCUGAGUGUAAUCAAUUUAGUCGUACUCCCAGCGAUAGUGCGAUAAAACAUAAAAAGGUGUCUCCACAACGAAUGCGCUCAAAACCUGAAAUAAAAGUAAAUGACCUUUCUACAUCUAAGAAACAAUCAUCCGCAACGUCUUCAACUAAAUAUCAAAAACCCCUAGUAAAGGAACCGCAUACUAGACUUCCUAGUAAACCAAAAUCGGCAACUGCACUGAAUACAUCUACAGAUGAAGAUGAUAUCAUCAUUGAUAUGCAACAGGCAAAAUCGUCGAGGGAGAAUUCACCAGACCGUAUUUGUCCAACACCUGUCGGUUUUAUGGAAGAUGUUGGAACGCCGCGAUACCCGGAUGAAGUUAAUGAACCUGAUGAUGAAUUUCAAAAACGAAUUCACCACACUAUUCACGAAGCUGAAUCCAUUGUAGAUGACAUUGUUGAAAUCUGUGAGGAUGAUGAACUUUUUGUAAAACAAACUAACAUCAACCGAGUUACUGGUUCUGAUGAAUGCCUUUUAAGUGUUAAUGAUAAAGUCUCUAAAUUCACUAACAAAGUUGAUACCGUUAAUAAACCGAAAUCAUCAACUACGCUGUUAAAAAAUACAGAGAAAGGUCAUACUGACACCGUUAGUGAAAAUUUGAAAUCAGAUGAAUGUUUAUUAUCAGUUUCUGAAAAAGUAAACAAGUUUGCCAAAGCUCCAGAAGAAAUUGUAGAUACUAAAAGCUCUCGUAGAAUUAAAGAUGAAUAUGAUACAGAAACUACAUACCAAGAUGAUUAUACUAAAUUAAGUGUCAAUGAUAAAGCACAUUUAUUUGUAGAAACUGCAGAGAAUGUAAAAACUCCAAAAGUUAAACCUAUUCAGAAAGUAGAACGCCCCGACUUAACUAAUGUUGACGAAUCACUCAGAAGCGACGACUGCCUGCUAAGUGUUUCUGAUAAGGUUAAUAAAUUCGUGAAAACAGCUGAGAAAUUUUUAGGUGACACUAUAGAUGAUGAGGAAAAAGAAAGAAGAAUAAGAGAAGAGCACGACAAAAUUAUGAAAAAGAUUGUUGAUCUUGGUGAUGACGAAUCAGAGUUUACAAGGGUACCAACACAAGAUAUUGAUAAAAUUGACAGAACUAUAAAAGGAAGAAAAUCGUCCGACCGCGAUGAGCGUAAGGCUUCAUUUUCAAAAGAAACUGCUUCAUCGCAUGCCAAACUCAAAGACACAAUAAGUCCAAACUUAAAACAGACAGAUAGAACACCAACUGUUAAAAUAACUACAUUACGGAGCAGUGAAGCAGUAAAAAAAGCAAAAGCUUUGUUUGAAAAUAUAGCAUCUACAACACAAAAUACGAAAGAUCUCACAUCAUCCAAAACGACGAAGCUUACUGAUAUUGGCGUUAUGAAAAAAUCUCCUAAAACAGACUCUACUGUUGUUCUUCACCCAUCGUCCGAAGAUGCUUCACCUAAUGUAACUGAUAAUGAUAGUGAAUUGGACGUAGUUCCCCAUAGAUCUCACCCCACAAACCGACCCUCCAGCGGUACACCAAGUCGUCUUCAAGUGAGCAAAAACGAAGAAAGACCAAGGAGUCCCAACCGAUUGACGCCUCAACCAACAGGGACCUCAAGAACGGUGUCUCCUAUGCGCCAGGUGGAAACAAGCACUGCAACUAAAACUGUUUUGUCUAGAUAUCCGUUAGGUCAAAGAGGCGAAUCGCCAAAACCAAGUAAAGAUUCUAAUGAUAAAAUUGAGAAGCCACAUGAGAAAGUGCCUAAUUACCAGCGUCCUACAAAAACUAGUCAGAGUAAGGAAGAAACGAAGGUUGUAGAAGAAACAGAAGUUAGUAGCCGACGUGGCAGUGGCAAGUUUGGAGUGGAACUUCGGCGAACCAGCGUGGAGCGUUCUACAGUCAGCAGUGAGCGCCGUCGCAGCGUUGAACAUCCCUGUGUGGAAGACAUCUUCGAUCUCGACCUCCUGGAACAAAUGUUGGAAAAAGUCGUGGGAUAUGAGCAACGACGACGCAUAAGAUCGCAAAUACGAAUCGCUAAAAAGAAGUUGGAAGAGCAGACAGCAGAGACCCACAGCAAGUCGACCAAACACACCACUGUCACUGUUACUAAAACUAGAUCUCCUGAGAGACUAUCCCAACACAGAUCUCCUGAAAGAAAACAAAAGUCAACACCACAAAAAACUUUGUCACCACAACGACAAGUAAAAACUACUCCGCAAAAGAAAAGCGAUGACAUUGAUCGACCAAGGGUUACUAACAUUAAGCCUAUGACUAACGGAUAUACUAAAGAAUCGGUAAUAAAACAAGCAGAGAAACAACAUAGACCACUUAGUCCUGAAAAACAAUCUCCCAAAUUGAAUUCAAGGAUGACCAUAAGAGAUGAUGACCAUAAGAGUCCCGUACGGCAUCCAAGUCCAGAAAAGAAAACGAGACCUUUGUCCCCCAGUAAGGUUGCCAGCCCGAAAUCUAAACAAAACAGAUUCAAUGAAUAUGCUUCGGCUUAUAUGAAGAAAGUUGGACUGAAUGAUAUGGAUAAAUUAAAAUUCACAGAAACCAAAACAAAUAAAGCUGUGGAUGUAGGAGAACGGACAACUGUAAAACAUGUCGAGGAGCGCAAAACUAUGCAGACAAAAACUACAUCUGUGAAGCACAACACAACUGAGAGGACAUCAUCUAAAGAUAUAAUAGAGAUAGUCACGAAUGGGAAAAGGCCAUCUUCGCCGGAAAAGAAGAGAAGUCCUGAACGCCUCCAUGAUAUUCCUGUCGAAACACGUCAGCGGUCACCAAGCCCAAUAAUUAAAAGACAGAAAUCUGAUGCGGCUAAAAAGGAGACUAUAAUUAAAACUGUUUACGACAUUGAGAAAAAGAUUCAGCCGACGCCAGCGCAGGAAGAAAAGCCUUCGUGGGUGACCAAUAGGAACUUGAAAAAGAUUACUUCAGAGACUAGAACGUUCAGCAGUAAGAAACUUGAGGCUGAGAAACCGAAGUAUCGUGCUCCUAGUCCUUCUAAAGUAAUUUCGAAGCCUUUGGACGUCAUCACUUCGAGCUACGGCCCAGGACCAUUGGAUGCAGACGGGCGUCCACUGUUUGGUAUCAAGGCGCUGAGAAAUGGCGCCAGCAACUAUCAAGUGAAAGGCACAGUGAUCCGGCAAGAGUUCCAUUCACGCAACGGUGGCGAGCCCGAAGGCAGCGUGUCGGUCACGGCGUACUCCAACUCCCCUGAAGAGCUGGAGCGACUCCUGGCGACCCAGGGGGAGAGGCCCUCGAGGCUGCACGGCUUGGCUGCCAUCACAACCACUAAAAAGUUUGGCGGAGACACUGGGACUACUUACAAAGAAGCGCAUACGAAAGAAGAACGAGCAGCUUUGGAGCAGUUCACACACCACGACCGCCGCGUCUCCGGCACUCGAGUAGAAAAUGUUCAGAGUUCAGCACUUGAGAGACUAGCUGAUAAAAGGGGUUUGAUGGACUCCAAGGAGAAGACAGAGAGGAGAGGAGUGAAGGAGGAGCGACGGGAACGGGUGGAGCAAAGAGAGGAUCGGAAGACGGUCAGACAGAGCUCUGUCAAGUCGCUGACGGAGAAAUACAUCAAGAGUGCGAGCGAGACGAGCAAAACGGAGCGGGCCGCGUACCCCAAGGCGGGCCUGAUCCUGCGCACCGCCGCCAUGAAGGACAGCGUCUCCAGCGACUCCUCAGCUCACGCUGGUCUCGCUCGUACUGACAGCGAGCACAGCCUCGCUUCAGUAGAAGACGUGAUCAUCUCUGAUCGUGAUGGUCGGACUACCACGAGCACGGACAGAGACGGUCGAACGGUGGUCACCACGGAGCGGGAUGGUCGGACUGUGGUCACCACGGAGAGAGACGGCCGGACGGUUACCACGAGGAGUGUGAAAGAAGAACGCUCGUUCUUGGACAGCAGCGCGAAGGUUUCAGGUGUCCAGGAUAUAUUGACAAGGAUGAAGAAUGCUGAUAUUGUAAUUCAAGAAGGGGAUACGACGGAGGACUCGGAAGCCCGGGCGCUGCUGAACAAGUUCCUGGGGGCCACGGUGCUCAUGGCCGGCAUGCAGGGCUACGUCAACGAGCAGCCUUCGGGGCGGGUGGUGGUCAAGCAGGAAACAGUCCGGAGUAGCGGUGGACGCGUGACCAGUGACCGCCGAGUUGAAGAGGUCGACCUCGACCAGUGCUGGGACGAGAGGGUUCUCAGGAAACUUUUGGACGAGUGCAGCGACUACGAACAACGUCGUCGUCUGCGCGCCCGCAUCCGAACCCUCAUGGCAGAACAAGAAGCAUGUGCGAGUGCUGUAACGGAGGCGUUGGCUGCGGCCGGCGAGGCGACGGAGGGCGACAGUGCAGACAACCGCGAAGAGGAAGAAGUAACCACUGUGACAUCGAGCGUGAGGAGGAACUCAUCCGAGAAAACGGUUAGCAGUAGCACCACCACUAAAACUUCAAAAGUGACGGAGACACGGAGUGCGCCGACAAAGGUUUCGCCGUUCGCCAAGUUCCGACAGCUCGAGAAGCAGAAUUCAACCAAUAGUCCCAACUCGCCCAAGACGCCCACGAGCCCGGGCUCGCCCUCGCCGUACUUCAAGUUCACGGACCCUGCAGUGCAGGCCAGCGCCAUGACGAUAAAAGAGCGCCUGCUGCAGUGGUGUCGCGACAAGACCAGGGACUACGAGAAUGUGAAGUUGGAGAACUUCUCGACGAGUUGGGCGGACGGGCUGGCGUUCUGCGCUCUGGUGCACCACUUCCUGCCGAACACCUUCGACUACAGCAAGCUCGUGCCGGAGAGACGCCGGCAGAACUUCACGCUCGCCUUCAAAGUUGCUGAAGAGAAGGCGGGCAUCUACCCCCUGCUGGACGUGGACGACAUGGUGGCCAUGCGCAAGCCCGACUGGAAGUGCGUCUUCACCUACGUGCAGUCCAUCCAUCGCCGCUUCAAGGACCAGGACUGAGCCACCGGGCGCCGAGCUCUGGGGAACCAAGCUCUCGGAGCAAAUGUACAGAUAUUUAUAUAAAUUGGUCAGCGAGACUGGAUUCCUCAGAGUUACAAUAUGAUUCUCUUGUUGACAUUAAUGUAGAAAUCGCCAUUUCUGAUGAUUGAGCUGAAGUGUAAGAAGGCAGAGAAUCAGAUUGAAUCAGCGUACACGUCUAGCGUAGAGUAGACAAGUAGUUGAAAGCAAAAGUCACAAAUGUUUAUCGUGGAUAGUCCAAAGAGCGUAUGUUAUUGUUGAUUGUUUGUUUGUUAGAUAUUUAUGUUUGUCGGUGUCCGCCCACCCGUUGUUUCUCCAAGCGCUGUCUCGACAGUCCUCCUACUUAUUGUAUAAUCUCAAGAUGUAUGUGAUUUUUUAUACUAGUUCAUAAGUAUACUAACAUUAUGUUAUAUAGGUCAUAGUCUAUAUAUUAUUUCGCACGAAUCGUCGCGAGAAGUCCCCGGGGAUCGCUUUGGCUUAUAAACAUAAGGAAGUGGCAUCCCCGCGGCGGCGACUGAUGCCGCCACAAUUUUAACCUUUUGACUAUUCGCUAUUGAAUUUUAAAUUGACAUUAACAGCUUGAAAUAAUCGCCUUCUGAUUAAUAAAUAUUAUUAUUAUGUUAAUAUAUUAAAUAAUGAAAUGAAAUAAAUAUGAUUAACAAUG